AUGAUAAAUGAUACAACUUGUGGAUGCGAUUCUUCACAAGGGUACAUAUUUGUUAUCAAGCCAGAGCACAACUGUUACUGUAUGCCAUCAAAAGAAGAUUGCUCUUGUCAUAAGCUAUCUUGUAAUGAUAAAGAUAUACUUUGUCCUUUUAUUGGUUCUGCUGUUCGGAAUGUAUCUUGUCCAAAAAUUUUAAUCAGACCGUCAACACAAAAGAAUGAGUCCUCGACAUCCGUAGAAAUAUUUAAUGACGUUAGAAGUAGUUAUUAUGAAGGAAGGAAAUAUAGAUUAACAUGUUUUUACUUCAGCACAUCAUUAGUAAUUGUUAUGAUCACUGUUUUAGCUGUAAAUGGAUUAUCAGAGUGGCCCGAUGUUUUAUAUAUCGUUCGUACAAAACAAUUCUUGGUAGAUCAAGAUGUAUCUGGUAACUCGUCGGCAGGCGAUUCAAUAGAAAUUGAACGAUUACAAAAAGAAAAGAACAGAACCGUAAUGGAAAAACUUUUAUCUGGAGACGAAAACGAUUAUAACGAAUUUAUCACAUUCCUAAAAGAACAUACGGAAUAUGUUGACCUCGUUUAUGGAAUAGAAAACACAUUUGUUACAGAUGACGAUAGGAUAGCAUUUCUAAAUUGUCAAAGGAACACUGAAAAAAGAAGAUAAAACAUAUUAUUCAGAGCGGCAAUAUGAACGAUGAUUAAAUUAUGUAUGACCAUGUGUGAACGAAACUUUUAAAAAUUAUUGAGACAAAACUUAAUUUCGGAGUUGUUCCUUGAAUACUUCAAAAGUACAAUUUUGAAACUUUGUGUAAUUCAUUGCUAUGAACAAAACUAGAAUACGCCCGCAGAACCGUCGACUGACUUAAAGUAACUUUACCUUAUUUGAAGCCUUGAUUUCGAGCAUUCGUAUUGUCCUCUGAUAAAUUCAUGCUGGUUGUAAGGGGCAGUUUAUUUGCUUACAGAAUAUUUUUCUAUU